CAUCCGGGCUGCGGGUCGGCGCGUGCGGGCGGCGGAGCACAGCCCCGGGCCCGGCCCGCCAUGGCGUGGGAGCGGCAACCGGGGAGGGGCUGCGGUGCCCUGCACCGCUGUCUGCUCGGCGCUGCUCUGCUGCUCGGCCUGCGGCUCUGCGCGGAGCUGCGGCGCGCCGGGGCCCAGCCCCCGGCCCGCAGCGGCCUGCCGGGCCCGGCCCCCCGACCGCCCGAACCGCCCCUGCCGCCCGCGCCGGCCCAGCGCCGCGGCGCCAGCCGGAGGCAGGUGACGUACGUGCGCAGCGGGCGCCGAGCGCCGCCGGGGGGCGGCGGGAGCGGGACGCAGGAGCCGGGCUGCUGCCCUCCGCGCGGGCGUCCCCGCCGUAAGGGUCCCCGGUGGCAUAUAGACCUCCAGCCUUGGGCAGGCCCUGCUCGGUCCCUGGAUGAAGAAGCCUUGAGGUUCCUGAGAUACAUCAGCACCAUUCAGAUUGCGUGUGAUCACGUGAGCACAGACAGCCUGGCUACUGACUCCAGCCCUUCAAAAAAGCCCUGGUCUGUCUGUCUUGAUGACAGGUUUGGCUUAGCUCAUCAAAUUCGCAACAAGCAGUGCCGCCUCUAUUCUUUAGGGCUGGGAAGUGAUGAUACCCAUUUUGAGGUCGGCAUGGCCAAUGAUGGAUGUGAAGUGCAUCGUUUUGAUCCUACUGUUAAAUCAGCUCACGUUCUGGAGAGUGAGCGUUUUUGGUAUCACCGCUUGUCCGUCGACUGGCGGGACUCCCAUCCAGCUGUUGCUGCCCAAAAACCAUAUAGCAACACCAGAAAACUGAGAACCAUUUUGAAUGAAUUUGGGCAUCACAAGAUUGAUGUUCUCAAAGCAGAUCUGGAAAGCGCAGAAUGGAAAGUUUUGGAAAAUCUUAUUCUGGAAGAUGUCCUUGAACAAAUUGGACAGCUCAUCUUUGAGAUCCAUCUCCACUGGCCCGGGUUUGAGGUCAGUGGCAGUGACAGCAGUGUUGUGCGGUUCUGGUACAGCCUCCUCAAAGAGUUAGAACUACAGGAUUUCAGGCUUUUUCACAGUUACAAAGAUUUAUCUAAACCUCAGCUAUUCCUGAAGAAAGAUAUUUUCAAUGCGAGUAGCUGUUAUACUCUGAGUUGGGUGAAUACAAGAUGGAAAUAGGAUGCAGGAACUCAUCAAGAACUCAAGGAAAUAUUUGCAGCAUGGAUCAUGUCCAUGAUUCUAGUUAUUCUGGUUUACUUGUCCAGUCUCCCACUAGCUUGUGACCUGCUUGAGGCAGGGAUUGUGUUAUUGCCUUUGUAGUACAUGUAGCCUGGCAUCUCGCACAUGGUAGGGGAACAGUUAACACUUGUUGAGGGGAUGGACACAGGAGUGCCACAGCAGUCAACCUCCAUCUGCCCAAACCCAGGCUCUUUGCCUGUCUGCCUCUGACAGAGUGGGGAUGCUUGUCCUCCUUCAUUUCAGCUUGGAAGAUAAUCCCACACUUAUCUCAGUUUUCCCUAAAAUUAAUUAUGUAUCUGUAAUCCAUGAAUUUACCACCAUGAAAAAGAAAUUAUAUCACAUUUCUGUUUUUACUGGGUUGAUGAGAUCCUUAAAUGUGUAGCCUGCUGUUUAAAAUAGGGCCUUUCAUUUGAUGUUAAAUCACCUCUUCCGAGGAUUUUCUUGUUCACUGUGUCAAUAACAUUCUUUACAGCCUGUAGAUUUCAAUUAUUCCUCCUCAGUUUUUGCUGAGGCCAUGCUGUGACUUUAUAAGAACCACUGAUUCUGGUUUCUGGGAACUCAGACACACCAAAUUCUGUAACUGAGUUUAAAAGACUAGAGUAUCAAGUUAUUCAACUCAGGAUUCUUUUCAUGCUAAGCCUUAAAUCACCUCUGUUCCUAUGAAACUAAACACAAAGCAGAACUUGGGUGUCUUCAAACCUGAUUUCUCAACCUCCGACUUGCCUAUGGUGUCAAAUCUUUUAUUUUUUUAUUUUUUAAAAUAUUAUCUCCAAGAUUAAGUUUUUCCUUGCUGCCAGUUGGCAUUCAUUGUAAGCCUGUGGCCUGAGGGCCAGAGUCUCUCUUUCCCGGGACAGAUACAGUGU